AUGUCACCUCCUACCAACGCAGAGCUAAAUGCAAAGCGCGAAGAGUCUUGUAUUGCAAUUACUCAUGAGAAGAAAUACUACGGGGUCGGACAGACUUGGAUCAAGCGAAGUCUGCGACCCUGGGAAUGGCAGAAGCGUAACGGUUACAUGCCCAUACCAUUAUUCAACCUUGAACACGAUGGUGCCGCGUACCUCAUUACAGAGUACGUUGAAGGAGUUGGUACGAACGAGCUUGAUGUCGAGAAGCAAGAGGUGGUUGCCAAAGAGCUCCGCACUCAUAUGGAAACCCUAAGCAAGUUAACGUCUAAUGUCUGGGGCGGUCCAAGCGGUUUGGUUCUGCCUCCCUACCGCAUCAUGAGACACUCUAAUGGCAGGCCCUGGGAAAUGAAGCCGCGGGAAACGCAAGAUCUUGUUUUUUGUCACAAUGAUCUUUCUGCCAACAAUGUUAUCGUUGAUCCUAAUACUCUCAAGAUUACGGCUAUUAUGACUGGGAAUACGCAGGCUUUUAUCCACCAGAAUUUGAGUUUGCAUUUUUCCAAAGACCAGGUCCAUCUAUUGCAUUGGAUGGGGAAGUUGAUGAUACGGAAUCGUUGA